AGUCUUCUCACUUACAGUUUGGUUGACAUUAAGUCCUAAAGAAGUCAGGAAAAAGUUCCUCAGCCGUCGUAGAAAGAAAAGCGCCCAAAAACAUCAGAAAAAGUGACAAAAACUUUGGCGAAAGUGACAACGUCGGAAAAAGUUACAAAUCGUCAAAAAAAAAAUCUAUCUAUCUAUCUAAAAGGUCACAUGAGGCAAUGCUGCUGUCAGCUCAACUGUUUUCACCCUUCGGUUCAUACACACUAGUAUAACUCAAAAUACAGUCUACUGUGUGGGGUUAAUCAUGAACAAAGACAAGAUAAAAUGGGAAACUGGCAUCAGUCAAGUGAUACAAUAAUUAACAUGUUAGCACUCCUGAGGGUGGGCAAAGACGGUAACGUUAAAGACAGAUCAUAUUUUUUAAACACUCCAAAGAAUAACAAAUAAGGGUUAGGUGGCUCACUGUUCUGACUAAAUAUCUGCGGUGUAAAGGAGUAUUUUGUUAUUCUGGCAUUGGUCGUUUUACUUAGUAAGUAAAUUCAUUUCUUCCACCACGACCAGCUGGACGCAGUAUAACAUAGUGGCUGUUUGGUGACCCUCAGACAAAACCUGCUCCCAAGUCGCCUUCCUGGCCUUGGUUGUCUACUCCAGUUCAUUUUCGGGAUCCUGAAGAAUGUCUCCAGCACACCUCUGUCCACGUACACAUGCAGAAACGCACAUACAGCCAAAACAUGGCAAGAACCGCCCACGCUGAAGUUCACUGCGGGGAAGUAUAUGCAAGGGAUGUAAUGCAGUGUGUGCCAGUGACAGGAUUCAACAUACCAUUAAAAACUACAGUAUACUGGGAAUUAAACAGCAAAAUCACAUUUACAAUUUAAGUAAGGAAACGGUCAGCAGAGCAAAAGUAAACAGAACACUGUUCCAACGUGUUGAUCAAGAACAUCAAAUGUUGAUUUUAAUCUGGACUUUGAAAGAGCCAAUAGACUUUACAGGUCAUAGGUCAUAUGGGACUGCCUAGAAAUAGAUGGACAUAUAAAUGUGAUGAUUCUGAAACAGUCCUUUGACCAAGGUGCAGUGGCAGAACCAGCUCUUUUAUUGCAGUUGUGUUUCAAGAAUCUUUACUGGCUUCAAAACUAAGAAGAUGGGAACACAUUUGAUCUUGGUGGGUCUGCUGUCUAUCUGCAGUCUCUCUUUUGGUCAAGAUUGUAAUCAACAGCUUCUGGAGAAUGUGGAUUUCCCAGGAAAUGAUGUAACAUCUCUAUUCUCUCCUGAUGUUGAGCACUGUCAGCAACUUUGCACCCAGUACGCCUCCUGUGACUUCUUUACCUUUUUUCGGGCUGACUGGAACAAAGAUGACAGGAACUUUUUGUGCCUCAUCAAAGCCGCUACCAAUGGACAGCCCACUGCUCAGGCUCCACUACAGGGUGUCACCUCUGGAUUUUCUCUCAAACCCUGCAGCCAAGACCUAGAGCCUUGCCUGUCCAGGGUGUACCAGAACGUGGAUUUCUUCGGUGCCGACUACCGAGCCUUGUUCACAGCAGACUCUGAGGAGUGUCAGAGGGCCUGCACACAGGACCCUGCCUGUCAGUUCUUUACUUUUAUAAAUGAGGCCUUCAGAAUAGCGGAUAUCAGGAACAAGUGCCACCUUAAAUUCAGCUGGCCAGUACCAAGGACACCUUCUGUAGUAAAAAAGACUGGUGCAACAUCUGGAUUCUCCCAAAUAACAGAAAUAAGUGAAUCAGUGUGUCAGGGCAAGCUUUUUCCAAACACUGACAUCCCAGGAAACGACGUCGAGAACAUUCCUGCUGCCUCUCCUGAACACUGUCAGGCACUGUGCUCUGCUCAUUCAGUCUGCACCUACUUCUCUUUUAACAGUAAUGACUUUAAAUGUUACAUGAAGAAUAACAACAAUAACAUUGUGACCAAAGCUAAAGACGGAGUCACAUCUGGGUUACCAGCACGCUUCUGUCAGCUGAAUAACACCUGGGUUAAGGUGGUUUAUGAAAACGUAGCUUUCCCAACUUCUGUCAUUCGCUCUGAGCCGAUGGAUGAUGCAGACACAUGUCAGAGGACCUGUACUCAGGAUCCUUACUGCCAGUUCUACAGCUAUACCAAUGACAACUUUGAUGAUCCCAAAUUUCCCCGGCGCCACUGCUUUCUCAAGCGUACCAUCACCAUGCCUGCUCCUCCUAAAGUUGCCAAACUAGCCAAUGUGGUAUCAGGCUUCCAGCUGAGGAACUGUAACAGUAAAACUACUGAGUAGAAUGCCACACACACAGACAGCCAGCCCAGAUGCUGAUUAGAUCAUUGGAUUGCUGUUAAAACUGUUAAAGUUGACUCUGUGUGUAAACAAGAGCAAUACAAAAUAAAGAACAGUUUGCUUUCAGUCUUCUUCAGCCAAAAUCAAA